ACUGAGAAUCAACCCCAAAAGGGUAAAACCUCUCCUCUCGCGAGCUAGCCUCUCUGGGUUGAAGCUGGAAAGACAACCCAAGGCAGAGCUUCUUUAUCUUCCACUUACGAAGCAAAACGGUACCGACCAAUUUACUGUUUGCUUUACUUUCUGGGUUCUUUUUAUACAUUGCUUUCUGGUAACUUAUGACGUUUGAGUCAUUAUCUCUCUAUUGUUCUUCACUGGUUCACAGCGUUUUCCGUUUUAGCGGAGAAAAUCCGUAUGAUCAAAGAUUUACAUUAAUGGUCGGUCGUUUCAGAGUUUUUGCUAUCUGGCUAGUUGGUAUUUUGGUCGCCCAAAUUGAAACGACUUAGAAAUUUGUAGGUGAAUUUUAUUUGAUUUAUCGUUAAAAAGUAUAACAUUCUCUACUGUAUCUUUCUUCUUUCCUUGAGCGGUAGGCAAGAUUAUCAUAAAAAGGAAUCAACUUUGGCAUAAUGGUGAUUGCUUCGAGGUUGCUGACAAAUUGUUCAGGUUUGGUUCAUCCAAGUUAUCAUAAGCUAUCUUUCCAGCUUCAGAGAUGCCAAAGAACUAGAUGUAAUUGUUACAAACCUUAUCCAUCAGUUUUUGAAGAGAUGCCUAGAGGAAGUUUUCUUAGGAAGCCUUAUAUGAGCAGGCAUGUCAUGUCUGUAGGAAGUAAUCGACACCAGUUAAGUUUUGAUGAUGAAUUACCUGAGGAGCCUUUCUGGCUAAGUCUGAUCAGAGACAGCAUCUGGGGUGUAAGAUCUUUGUUUGCAUUUCUGGUUGAGCAGCCUGGUCAACUGAAAUACAUAGAGUGGCCAAGCUUCCAAAGCACACUGAAGACUGCUACUUUAACUCUUGUUCUCGUAGCCAUGCUCAUUGUUGCUCUAUCAUCAGUUGACUCUGUCCUCUGCUAUGUUUUAGCUUUGUUGCUCAGGAGAACCACAUCAUAAUUGAAUUAUUCUCUCAAAAGAAACACAUUUAGUGUAGUGUAUACAUUCCUUCAAUGCUACAUAUGGUUACCCAUCUGCUUUAAAAUCUGCAGAAGAACUGCAAGUCUAUUGCAAAGGAAAAUGUCAUCAGACCAGCAGUUUAUGAUUACCUGAUAGUACAUGUAGUGUAAUUUUGUUUUGUAUACCAUCUCGUGCAAAUUUAAUGUUUAUGUUUA